UCUAGGCGGAUCCGAGCUGCAGGAGGAGCCGCUGAGCAAUCAGGAGCUGAAGGUGUCGAACAGCGUCACAGUUUCCCCGGAUGCUGGAUCUCUUUAAGAGCAGCGAGGCUCGGUGCUGUACCUCAAGUUUUCUGUCGGUGUUCCGAGAAAGCAGCAAACAUGGCAAGAACCAAGCAGACCGCCCGUAAAUCUACAGGAGGCAAAGCGCCCAGGAAGCAGCUGGCCACCAAGGCUGCUCGUAAGAGCGCUCCGGCCACCGGCGGCGUCAAGAAGCCUCACCGUUACAGGCCCGGUACCGUGGCUCUGAGGGAGAUCCGUCGCUACCAGAAGUCCACCGAGCUGCUGAUCCGCAAGCUGCCCUUCCAGCGCCUGGUCCGGGAGAUCGCUCAGGACUUCAAGACCGACCUGCGCUUCCAGAGCUCUGCUGUCAUGGCUCUGCAGGAGGCCAGCGAGGCUUACCUGGUGGGGCUCUUUGAGGACACCAACCUGUGCGCCAUCCACGCCAAGAGGGUCACCAUCAUGCCCAAAGACAUCCAGCUGGCCCGCCGCAUCCGUGGAGAGAGAGCUUAAACUGCAGCUCAACAACAACAACAACGGCUCUUUUAAGAGCCACCAAACCUUCAACUAUGGAGCAAAACCUCCAGCAGUUUAACCAUCUGAAUGUGUAGUUGGUGGAGGUGCAUCAGCUUUCUGGAAAACAUGAACAUCUUGUCUACUUUCAGGCUCUAGCCACCAAGAAAAAGGCUUGUACAUCUUUUCCUACAUAGCUGAACACUGGGUGCUCUGCUGACCUUAUUCCCAGGAAUAAAACACAAGAUUAUAAUGAUCAAAAAAUAAAGAAAUCAAGUGUCA